AUGGAUCUAGAUAAAAACCAAAGUGAUUCAUAGAUUCUUUAAGAGUCUAAUUUUACUGAACCAGCUCGCUCUGCAAAAAGAUCUAAAACAUAACCUCCAACAAGAUAGAGGGGAAAUUUUCUGAUAGAUGUUAUUAGAAGAGAUUCUAUAAAUGUUGAAAAUAUAAAAUUCAAAGAAAAAGAAUAUUGGAAGCAAAAUGAUUUUUGUAGUUUAUGCGAAACGAAAUAUAAUACAAUUAUGUUUGUGAAACAGCAUCAUUGUCGUCUUUGUGGUGAAUCUGUUUGUAAAGAAUGCUCUCAAAAAAAAAUAAAUGAGUAAAGAGUUUGUGAUUUCUGCUUCUUAAAGUGCAAUGACUAUAAGUAAGCUUAGAGAAGAAAGAAUGAUUUGCAAAACAUGGUUGAAUAAAUUGAAGGUCUAAAAAUUGCAAUAAAUAAAUAUGACUAAAGUAUAGUAGAUAUAAAUGCAUAAAUAUGCGCAAAUUAAGAAAAUUAAAAAGAAGAAUUGAAGCAAUUCGCUUUAGAGGAAGGAGAGCUAUAGCUUGAAGAAAAGAAGUUAACAGUUAAAAUAGAAUAAAUUAAAGAAGAUAAUGACCAAUAAAAGAGUUUAUCUAAGAACUUAGAAAAAGAGUCAACAUAAAAUAAAACCAAUAUUACAGAGUUAAAAAUUUAGAUAAACAAAUUAAAUAUUGAUUUAGAAUCAGUCAAACAUAGUGUUGAAUUGAAGAACAAAGAAAUUGAAAAUAUCAAAUAACUUCUCAAAAAUGUUUAAAACUCUGUAUUUAUUUAUUUAUACAUUUUCUAUCUUUACUUUUAAUAUAACUUUUUAUUUUUUAAAUUUUUACUUAUUUACAGUAAAGCUUCUAGGACCUCAGUGUCGUAAGAUAAACAUAAAACUAAGAAUUUAAUUAAAAUGAAAACCAAUAUGCUUAAAGUUCUAUUUAUAUAGGACAUAAAUCUGAUGAAAGUACAAUAGAGAGAUACGAAUACAACAGCGACGAUUGAUUAAAUAAUAUUCUUUACUUAUUUUAUCAUUAAAUUUUGUAUCUUUGUUAAAAUGUUAUUUCUUUAUUAUAAAAUGUUUAUAAAUAAUAAAAUAAAAUCAUGA